AUGGCUCACUCUCUUGGCCUCGUGUGUGCAAUGGCUUUUUGGGCAGUUUUGUGCAGUGCGCGGCGCAGCAACCAUGCGUGGGGGGGAUGGGGUGGCUCGGGGGGCCAGAGCAAAGACCCGGCGCUGCAACCGGAGGAUCCCAAGACAGAAAAUCCCGAGGCUAAGGCCGGCUGGGUUGACUGGGAGGCGGUGGCAAAGAGGGCCAAAGAGACAGGCGUGUCGAUGAAGGACGCUGCAGUUGGGAUGGGCAUUUACGCCAAGGAGACGGCCGAGGACGUUCCGUGGAACGACAUUGCCGAGCAGGCCAAAAAGCAUGGUGAGUCCGCGUAUGACGCGGCAAAGAAUGUUGAAUGGGGGAAGUGGGCUGCCAAGGCGGGCGAGUGGGGAGGUUACGCUGCAGGCUGGCUUGCCGACCACGUGCCAGAACAGCCGGAGGGAGGCAACUCGGGAGGCUUCGCCCACCCGGACACGUUUCCGGCUCAGGCGAAGCCGGGCCCUGGUUUUGGCGGCAAGCCCGAGGUUCAGAUGCCAGCGCAGUCGGACGGAGGCAACCAGAAUUCUGGAGGCUUCCCCCCGGACAUGUUUCCGGCUACGGGCUUUGGUGACGAGCCGGCGCCGGGCUUUGGCCAUCCCACGCCACCGCAGCCGGACGGAGGCAAGCAAGGACAUGCAUUCGGCCUGGAUAUGAAUGCCGGGGGCAACGCAGGAGGCUUCGGCUUCCCGACUCAAGGGGAUGCCGGCGCCGGAGGCAUGUUCCCUGGUGGGGGCGGGGGCUUCGACAUAGGUGCCAUGCAGGACAAGAUCAACAACAUGGCGGCAGAUGCGAUGAACUGCGCGCAGAAGGAGAUGGAGGUCACCUGCAAGGACGCCGAGCUCCGCAAGAAUGUUGGUGUGCCGCUCUGGUACUGCUUUAUUGCGAUCGGCAAAAGAGACCCAGGCCCCUUUCCACCUUGUGAGGGGGCACCCAUGAAGAUUGGUGAUGCCAGCAAGUGCAAGCAGACGGAGGACGAGAUCCGCCAGGCGAUGCAUGAAGCUAAGGAGAUGUGCUACAGCCAGAUCCAGGACCUCUACGACUUGCAGAAGGAGUUGGGCAAGUGCGCUGUAAACAUCACUGAGACCAAGAAGCAGGUGGAGGAGGAUCGCCAGCCCCUUCAGGACAUUCAGCAAGAAACAGAGGAGUGCGAGAAGACGAAGGCCAAGAAGGAGUCCGAGGAGUCCUUGGGCUUGAGCUCCGAGAAAGAGGGCUCAACCCAUCAGUUUUGCCCCGCCCACAUCUCCGAGGUUCAGGCUGCCCUGGAGAAGUACACCGUGGCCGUGGGGGACUGCAUCUCCGUGCAGGUCUCCGCCAGUGUGAAAAUCCCGGAGAUCAACAUCGAGAUGCCUGAGAUCAAGGUGGGCCAGGUCCACUCUGGUUCCUUCGAUGUGGAGAUUCCGAAGUUCGACGCACCGGACUUCACGGGUGACAUUGUGGUGCCCGGCGGCGGUGGCAAGCUGAAUGUGGCCCUCAGCGCAGGCGCACGCCAGACGCAAGGUCACACGGAGUCUGAGGUGAAGCCUCUGACCUUCGACCAGCGAGUGGCGAACAUCAAGUCGGACAUCCAAAAAUGCGAAGAGGCGAAGACGAAGGUGGAAAAGACAAAGGAGGAGGUGGCCGGCAUGAAGACGCACAUCCUGCAGCAGAAGGAGAAGGCCCACGGCCUGGAGAGGAAAAUGUAG